AGACUGGCAGUCAUUACCUGCAGGAUGCCUCCACCAUUCAUUUAUGUUGUUCUGAUACUUUUACAAAUCUGCACCUACUGUGGAAGGAAAACUGCAAUAUGCCGUCAUAUUUCCCAGUUUGAUGCAAUCUAAUCAUCCAAAUCAUAUAUGCUUGCACUUAGAAGAUAUACAGGGAGAUUGCAAUGUAAUGAUUACUCUUACCAUAGGAAGGAAGACUACACCUCUGUUAACCAAUCUCUACCAAGGGAGAUCAUCAUUCUCCUGUAUUUCAUUUCAGAUCCCUAAUGAGUUGGACAUUAUUCAUCAAACUGGUACCCUGUUUCUUUCCAUUCGGACUGCAGAUGAGUUGAUCCAUGAAAGCAGAAGAGUUAAUAUUGAAAAGAAAAUGGACUUGGAUUCUAAAAUUUUAAUCCAGACUGACAAACCUUUAUAUAAACCUGGCCAAACUGUGAAAUUUCGCAUUGUUUCAAUUAACGAAAAAUUCCAACCAGAAGAAACAGAGCUUCCACUUGUAGAAUUACAGGACCCAAGAAAGAACAGGAUCGGUCAGUUCUUGAACGUCAGUCUUACCCAGGGAAUAGCUGACCUAUCUUAUUCUCUUUCCCCUGAACCCCAAUUUGGGGAAUAUUCCAUUCGGGUAAAUCAAAAGGUUCAUACCUUCAACGUGGAAGAAUAUGUGCUGCCAAAGUUUGAAGUCAUCCUUGAGCUGCCGACCAAUAUACUUAAAAGUACUCAGGCAUUUCCAGUAAAGACAUGUGGCAGGUACACAUACGGGAAACCAGUUCAGGGCACUUAUAAGGGUAGCUUAUGUCAAAAAGUAGUAAGAAUGCCCUACCUGUUUGGACCUCCAAAUGUUAGUCCCCCCGGCACCUGUGUUAACUUCAAUGGAAAGUUGGAUCGUCUGGGUUGCUCCACAAACACUAUGAAUCCUUCCAGUUUUCAAUUAUCCAGUGACACAUAUAUAUACAGGCCAAUAACACUGGAAGGAACUGUUACUAUUACAGAAGAGGGGACAGGAGUCGAACUUUCUGCAACCGGUGAAGCCAGCAUAGUUGAUAGCAACACCGUAACAUUUUUGGAUCCAAGAUCUAUAUACAAGCCUGGACUGCCCUACUCUGUAACAAUGGAGGUGACUGACUCCAUAAAGAGACCAGUUCCAGACCAGGAAAUAUAUCUCACCUGUGAACAUGGUGGUACAACCAUCAAGCAAACUUUAGUGACAGAUAAUAAUGGACGCUCUUCUUUCAUCUUACAAAAUACAACCAACUGGACUGAACAAUUUGUGUUAAAGGCUUCAACAAAAAGGGAUUCCGACCCAAGUCCAUUAUUUUUCUUGGGGAGCCUAGGUGAUGCUCACAAGGUUGUUUUUCCACUUUAUUCUUCCAGCAAGAGCUUCUUAAACCUGAAAUCUUUAGGGAAAGACCAUUCAUGUGGUUCACAGCAGGAGGUCCAUGUACAAUAUAUAAUAAGACAAUCAGCACUAAAAAAAGACACUAAACAGAUGGAUUUAUAUUAUCUGGUAACUUCCAAGGGCCAUAUAAAGUUAUCUGGUUCUCAGAAAAUAGUAGUGAAGGAAUCUGAUGCCGAUUUACAAGGGGAGCUUUCCUUCAAAUUUUCAUUAAAUGUUAAUGAUUCUUCAUCUUCAUCCAUUCACAUUUUGGCGUAUAUUUUUCUACCGAGCAGAGAGUUGGUUGCUGAUAACUUAAAAAUCAAGAUGAUGAAAUGUUUUAAGAAUAGGGUAUCUGUAGGAUUCUCAUCAAAGGAAGUUCUCCCGGGGUCAGAUGUAGCUCUACAGGUUCAGGCUACUCCUUUAUCUCUCUGUGGUCUAAGGGUGGUGGAUAAAAGUGUGGUACUGAUGAGACCAGAAAAAGAGCUGACUGCUGAUAAUGUCUACGAUCUCUUCCCUGAUGAACAGUUUAUAGGCCUAUAUGGAAUGAGAAUGUCAAUGGAUUCAGAGCUCAUUCCAUGCGCAAAUGGUCCAAGUGGAGCAUAUUACUCUGACCCUUUUAGUUAUAUGCCUUCAGAUGAAGAUAUACAUAAACUGCUUGUGGACAUGCAAUUAAAAAUAAUCACAAGUGCUGAAAUAAAAAAACCUGUAAAUUGCCCGAUUCCAGAAGAAGAGAUAUACCAGGAAUGCCAUUUGCAGGUGGUCCUGGUUCCCAUUCCAGUUGGUAUGCCAGCAGGUGUAGGUGGAAUCGCUUCUGCUGCUGGCGUUGUGCCUGCUUUAGGAAGCUUCCCUGGGUAUGGCAAUGAAAUUCCAGAUUUCCAAGAAAAACUGGGGGUCAUUAGAAAGCAUUUUCCAGAGACUUGGAUAUGGGAGUUGACACCUAUUGGUAACUCCGGGAUGACUGAGCUUCAUCACUUAGCUCCAGAUACGAUUACAGAUUGGAUGGCAGGAGCCAUCUGUAUGGGACCAAAUGGGUUUGGUCUUUCACCCCCUGUAUCCCUAAGAGUUUUCCAGCCAUUCUUUGUGGAGCUUGCCUUGCCAUACUCUGUGGUCCGAGGAGAGACAUUUAUUUUGAAAGCCUCUGUGUUUAAUUACUUAAAGCAGUGCAUAAAGGUCCAAACUACUUUGUUAUCUUCCAUUGAGCUAGAACUGGAAGCCUGCCCCGGAUGUCAGUACGGCAGCUGCCUGUGUGCAGAGGAAAGCAAAACAUUUCACUGGAACAUGAAAGCUGCCAAACUAGGGGAGGUGAACAUCACUGUGAGGACAGAGGCUGUGAACACCCCAGACCUAUGUAAUAAUGAGGUGCCCCUUGUCCCUAAACAGGGGAAUGUUGACACAGUGUUAAAGCCACUCAUCGUUAAACCAGGUGGGGUGUUGGUGGAGAAAUCUCACAACUCUAUGAUCUGCUUCCAAGCAGGGCAAGAAAAUUCAAAAACAGAAACCAUCUCUCUGAAGUUACCUCCAAAUAUUCUAAAGGACUCUGAGAGAGCUUAUAUGACUGUUGUGGGAGAUAUGAUGGGCACAACCCUUGAGCACUUAGAGCAUCUCCUGGCCAUGCCUUCUGGUUGUGGUGAACAAAACAUGAUUCGUUUUGCCCCAAACAUUUUUGUUCUGCAAUAUCUGGAAAAAACUAAUCAGAUGAACAGCGAAAUUAAGAGUAAAGUUAUUAACUUCAUGAAGAAUGGGUACCAAAGGCAGCUGACGUAUAAACGUGAUGAUGGAUCAUACAGUGCUUAUGGUAAGGGUGAUCCUGAAGGAAAUACAUGGUUGACUGCUUUUGUUGUGAAGUCAUUCAGUAAAUCUCAACCUUACAUCUUUAUUGAUGAAGUUCAGCUCAACACUUCCUAUGCUUGGCUGACGAGAAACCGGUAUUAUACCGGCUGCUUCCGAAAUGUAGGCAAACUGUUCCACACUUCCAUGAAGGGAGGUGUUGAAGACGACGUGUCCCUUUCCACUUAUGUAACAAUAGCACUGCUGGAGUCAGGUAGAUCUCCACAAGACCCUCUUGUCAGAGAUUCAGUCAUUUGCCUACAACAAUUAGCUUUGACCAUUAAUAAUAUGUACACCCAAGCAUUGCUCGCCUAUGCUUUCACAUUAUACGGAGACACGUAUUACAGGAGGAUCUUACUGGACAGACUGGAGCAGAAAGCUGUGAAGAGGGAUGGACAACUCUACUGGCAACCAAAACCCCAACCCAGAUCCAAUGACCCUUUCUGGCAACAAGCUUCAUCAACAGAGGUGGAAUUGACAUCGUACGUGCUAUUGGCUCUGCUCUCAGCACCUACCAAAAACCUCUUCUAUGCAGCAAAGAUUGUGAGCUGGUUGAGCAAGCAACAAAAUGCAUUUGGAGGAUUUUCUUCCACUCAGGACACUAUUGUGGCUCUUCAGGCCUUGGCUUUAUAUGCAGAGGCAACAUUCAAUGACAAGGGAGAUGCGACUGUGACAGUGACUUCAACCAAAGGGUUUCAGGAACAGUUCCGGGUGAACAACGAAAAUCGACUUCUCCUUCAGAGAACAUCACUACCAGACAUCCCUGGAGAGUACACAGUGACAUCGAGUGGGAAUAAUUGUGUCUAUGUGCAGGCACUGCUGAGAUAUAAUGUCCCUCUCCAGAGAAAUGAUGGUACCUUCAGGAUCCGUCUGGAUGUAAGACCAAUUCAGUGCACUAGAGGCCUCCCCACAAAGCUUCAAAUCAACAUUUUUGUAGUAUAUAUCGGAUCUCGUCAAAAAUCGAACAUGGUGCUUAUUGAGGUGAAGAUGUUGUCUGGGUUUUCUCCUUUAAAGAGCUCGAUAGAACAGUUAAAGACCUAUAAAGUAAUUCAGAGGGCAGAAGAAGAAGAUGACACGUUGACUCUCUACAUGGAUGAGCUCGGUCACAUUGUCUCCAGUUUUGCGUUAUUAGUUGAACAGGAGUAUCCAGUAAUGAACCUAAAACCAGCUGCAGUAAAGAUCUAUGAUUACUAUGAGAAAGAUGAAUAUGCCAUUGUCGAAUACAACUCGCCCUGUACUUGGUUUUGAAAGAAGAUAACUUGGCUAAAUCCGGACCACAGAUUCUCCCAAUUAUCUAUUGAACUUUUACAGCACAAAUAAGAUAUGAAUUCCACAUUGAGAUUUGGUGCAUUUGAUCUUCUGAUAAUAAAUGUAGAC